AUGGGCAGCAAGAAGACUCAGGUUGUCCUCGCCGUUGCGCUGCUGCUGAUGGCACUCCUCGCCGCGGUCGCAUCGGCCGGCAGGGGCAGCUCCCCGCUGCUGGAUGCGAAAGCUAGCCAACGAUGCUGGAAUGUUGGAGCCUGUUCGCCUAAACUGUGCAAGGAGUCCUUCUCCUCCUACUGCGGCAAACAUUCUGUAUGGUCAUGCAAGAUCAGCGGCCGGUUCGUCAACUGCUGCUGUAGUUGA